CGUCUUCGUUGUUUUUCUUCUCUCCACCAUCAUUAUCGACUGCUUCUUCCUUUUCCUUGUUCAUCAUCUGAAGUUUUAAAACUGCUUCUUCUUUUUCCUUGUUCAUCAUCUUGAAUUUUGUAACUGUUCUUUCUUGCAUACUUUUAUACCGUGCCAAAUAUUUUCGAUUCCAACUGCUGUCUCUUCUUCUUCUUCUGUUCGUUCACCUCCUUAUUAAGUCGGUAAAUCUUUAUGAUUAAAUCAACACAUCCGAUAAAACUAACUGCUGUAAUACCCAACACAAUCGUUUUCAAAAUAUUAAUUCCUGCCCCAAUUGUUUCAAGAUACCUGUCAAUCUGUUCGUUUAGCUCAGCUAAGGCUGCGGCUACGAUUUCGUCUUCUACCUUCCCCAUUACAAUUUCGUCUUCUAGGUUUCCCACCACGUAGUUCCCUUGAAAAGGAGAAAUUUCAGGGGGGGAAUGCACCAGCCGGAAACCGAAUGGAGAAACUUCAGGGGGGGCAUAAAGAAAAAAAUGCAGAAAGAAUUGGAGAAAGUUUGCUUUAUUAGUGAUGCCAAAUUAGUGAUUGAGUCUCUGAACUCAAAGUCCAACCAGUUAUACUAGUAUAAUAAUACAGUCAUAGAUGAUUGUAAAACUUUUCUUUCUAGUUUUCAAUUUUCUCAAUUUACUUUCUUAAAACGACAUCACAUUAUUCUAGCUGAUCAAGCAGCCAAGUUUUGUAAGAGAUCUAGAACCUCAGGGGAAUGGUGGGGAAAUUUCCCAGAUUUCCUUAAUCCUCCGAUGUAUUAGUCCCUCUUUUUAAUGAAAAUUUUCUUAGAAAAAAAAAAAGAAAAGAAAAAAAUGCACUUGAAAAGGAGAAAUUUCAGGGGGAUGCAGCAGCCGGAAACCGAAUGGAGAAACUUCAGGGGGGCAAAAAGGAAAAAAUGCACCAGCCGGGAAUCCAACCCGGAUCUGUACCGUGGCAGGGUACUAUUCUACCACUAGACCACUGGUGCUUUGUUGAGAUAACCUCAUCACUAACAUGGCUUGAGCAAUGCUAAACACACAGCCGUUUUGUGAACAAAUUAUAACUGGGUUCGGUGGAUGUCGUGUCGCUGCAGUAAAAUAGCCAAAUGGAAUUAUCUUAAUUUUGUUGAUCGACAAAUGGACAUUUCAAACUGAGGUGUUGUUGUUAUUCUUAAAACCAAAACAGUUGGAAACUUCAGUUUAGUUUCUGUCCUUCAUCUGCGGAAUCUUGAGUUUUUGAAGGAAGACUCUCAAACAAAAUAGAAACAUGACAAAGAAACUGGAAUCGCCCAGCACUUCAGCUACUGACAUGGAUAACUCUUCAAACUCGGUUAUUACUUUCUACUUUCAGUCUCACUUUUUAUUUACUGUUACACUAUUAUUUUUUAUUAGAUUUUAGAAUGUGAAGUUCAUUUUUUUUUAUUUCUUUUCUUGUGGUGCUUAAAAUUUCUGUUUACUCUUUACUACAGUCAUGUUUAUGAGCGCAUCGCAUGCAUUUUGAUAUCACAUUGGCAGAGCCAGAGGAUCUUGUACCAUGCAUUAGAGUAGUUGCUUAUCCUAUGAAGAAUAAAUCAAGUCGAACUAGAUCGGUGAACAAUAUUUAUAGGCCUAAAUCAUUAGCGCAAGAGCAAGCUGAAGAAAUCCAAUCGAGUUUAAGUCAGAGAUAUCCAAGCUUCACUAAAGUUAUGCGCCAGUCACAAGUUAGUGGGGGUCCAUGGAUGAAAAUUCCGAGGAAUUUCUGUUAUUCCAACUUACCAAGAGAAAAGGUUGAUCUUACUUUGUUGGUUGAGGAUGGGGAUGAGUUCAUUGUGAGAUUCUAUCCGCGGAUGUUCGCUCUAAGUGGUGGAUGGGAUCAUUUUGCCACUGCAAACAUGCUAAUUGCAGGAGAUGUCUUAGUUUUCCAGUUAGUCAAGGCUACCAAAUUUAAGGUUUAUAUUGUAAGAGGAAACGGUUCGAUGGAUGUUGAUGUUGCUCUUGACCCUCCGGAGUUCCCUGUUCCUGCAAAAGAAAAUGACUUAGAAGAUGAUGUAUAUAUCAAGGACCUGAUGCCAAUUCAACUGUAUACACGAAAACGGGUGAAGUCGCAUCCUUCAGCCCCUAUUCUCGGUGAUGCUCAAAUGUGUGUACUUUCUCUGGAACCACCACCAAUGGACCAUAAUAAUGAAGUGGUAGAUGAUUCAGAAGUUUUGAAAGGCAUGAAACUUUCAGACUCAAUUGUUGAGUUUCAGGAUGUUGGGAGUUUUCGGAGUUUUCGCAUAGCAGUGAACGGGUUGAUUAUUGAUUCUGAGAUAACUGAAUAUGUUCGAACCAAAUACUAUGAGCUUUGCUGCAGUCAGAAAGCUUUCCUUCAUAAACAUCUCGCGCCGAGGCUGAACAGCAAAUUAGUCGCAGGAAUCAUCUCUGAAACAGUCAAUAUCUCUGAUGCCAUUAGAGCAAGUACGCUUGACACCCCAAAGGAUAAAUUUGAAUCAUGGGCAAGGGGUUUAGAUGCAUUUGGAAAACUUGGAAUGAAUGUUGGCUUCUUGGUUUCCCGUCUCAACAAACUUAUUAAACUAGCCUUUGAUUCAGAACAAGCAUUUGAAUAUAAGAGGUAUCGUGACAUUAUGAGCAGAAAGAAUCACGUUGUUGAGGAAAUAACAAGUCUUGAAAUGAAAGUUCUUCGCUUGAAAAAUGACUCCAGAAGGCUAGAGAAAGAUAUAAAAUGUCUGGAACUGGACGCGCAGAAGCAUAUAUUGACAUUCAGGAAAGAGGCUGCAUCUCCUUGGUGAUUCAGUCUCUUGAGAAAUCGUCCCUUUUUGCAGUUUACCAUCUUGUAUAUGUGUUCGCGCUGUAUGGU